AUGGGCCGCCGAAGACUAAUAAGAAAACAGCCUCUUAUUGACAAGAUCCGCAACUACCCGUUCGAUGUUUUCCUCUCCAUCAAUGAAGCUCGCCUCUCCAUUGACUGGGACGACUAUAUUCCCCAGACUUUGGCAAUAGGAACAGGUUUAGACUGGAUCUUCACCAUAUUGUGCAAGCUCCGCAAUCACAACAUCGUUGCUAAUGCACGCAGAGACAAUUCAGUUUUCCGAACAGAUGGUCACACCUACAGAAAUGUGGUGUCCAGGGCCAUAUAUGGCAAUGAUGGAGUGGAGUACUCUGUGCCUCAUGAACAGAAGCCGACACAUUAUUUGGCUUGGAUUUUAACGUCCAUGCUUGUUACGAUCUUUUUGGCGUCGGCCAUUAAUGCUACUAAUGUGCUUUGGUUCCCGUACCGGAGCUACACGUUGCUCAAUACAUCCACAUCGUACGCGAAGCCCAAAGGCUCAAAUGUUGUCAAGCAAAAUGUCUCGUUUAGCCCUGAGAAAGGUCUUGUAGGCCGCUUUUUGGCAUACUUUGGCGAACGCUCUUUCUACGAGACGGAAUCAGACUCGGAAUUGGACACGACCUACGAGGUUGCCCCCGUCAAUAAGGAAGUAUGGGUCCUCAAGGUAUGGGAUCCGUCUCCUUUCCAACUUUACUUAUUUGCGACAUUUUCGCCGCUUUUACUUUUCACUACAUGGCUCUUGUCAACCGAAGUGGCGCUUUGGAAGACCCUCGCCGUCGUUGCAUUGCACAAUUGCUUGUCUUUCUGGCUCACCUCUAAGUUUCUUCUGUUAAUCUCGGACAAGCAGAUCAUCUACCAGGAGACGUUCAACGAGUACAACCGCAAGUAUGUAAUACCAAAAACAUCGGUGUUGAAGAAGAAUGCAAUUGUUGACGCUACAUAUGGACCCUCAGCCUCGGCAAGAAUGACCGUUCAUGAUGACGAGGUUGGCCAUUUGCAGAACGAUAAUGCAUUUGUCACGCACGAUAUCAAUGGCAGACAGAUCAAGAGUGUCCGAGGAGACAAGAUUGCAUCAAGAGCAACUACACCAAUGCGUGAGUCUCUGAGGUACUUGGAUGUUCUUUCUACUGGCCGAUCCAGAUACGGUUCCAUCGCUGAGCUGCGCGAGCGGCCCAGUUAUAUUGAUGAUACUGACUCUCAGCAUCUGGGGUGGAUCACACUGUCAACGCCGUAUCUUCCUAGAACAGGCAACGAGUCGUUUCAGCGUACCAAUGAUACUUUUACUCGUGAUACGUUCACACGUCCCACUUCUAGGCCAGUUUCGCCUUCAAAAACUCCUUCACGGUACGCUUACAAUACCAGUUUCAGUCAGAGAACGCAGUUAUCUCCAUCAAGAAAUUACUCUAGCCGGCCAGGAUCCCCGAAUAGGAGCCCUUCACCAAAUAAAAGGAGAUGGCAAUGA